UACAAAUAACAAGUCUCAUUUCUUUUCUUGAGACUCAAGACACCCAACCCCCUUUCUUCACUUCACUUGUUUCAACCCCCAAUCGAGCCACAAAUCAGUAACCUAAAAACACCAGUAACCACCAAUUUAGCCCUAAACGAGCACGAUGAGCAGCAUAGGAACCGGUUACGAUCUAUCGGUCACAACCUUCUCGCCGGACGGUAGGGUUUUCCAGAUCGAGUACGCCGCUAAAGCCGUCGAUAACAGCGGGACCGUCGUCGGUAUCAAAUGCAAAGACGGCAUUGUUAUUGGAGUAGAGAAGCUGAUUGCGUCGAAGAUGAUGUUGCCUGGAUCUAAUCGUAGAAUUCAUUCGGUGCAUCGUCAUUCUGGGAUGGGUGUAGCUGGAUUAGCUGCAGAUGGGAGACAGAUUGUUGCAAGAGCCAAAUCUGAAGCCCACAACUAUGAAAGUACCUAUGGUGAACCUAUUCCCAUCAAAGAACUUGCUGAGCGUGUUGCUAGUUAUGUGCAUCUUUGCACACUUUAUUGGUGGCUCAGACCUUUUGGAUCCGGUGUGAUUCUUGGAGGUUACGACCGUGAUGGCCCGCAAUUAUAUAUGGUUGAACCUUCUGGUGUUUCCUAUAGAUAUUUUGGUGCUGCAAUUGGGAAGGGCAGGCAGGCUGCAAAAACCGAGAUUGAAAAGUUGAAGCUUUCUGAGCUGACAUGUCGCCAGGGUGUUAUUGAAGUAGCAAAAAUAAUCUAUGGAGUACAUGAUGAGGCGAAGGACAAAACAUUUGAAUUGGAGAUGAGUUGGGUUUGUGACGAAUCAAACCGCCAGCACCAGAAGGUUCCGGAAGCACUGUUGGAGGAAGCAAAAGCAGCUGCUCAAGCAGCAUUGGAAGAAAUGGAUGCUGAUUAAUAAUAAUAUUAAAAUCCCUUCACAUUGUGUUUCAGCUUAAGAUAAUUAUCUAAGAUUGUAACAUUUCUGUUUUAUCAUAACACGAUUCAGAUUUUCAUUAUGCUGACUGCCUUGUCGACUUUUGCUUAUACCCAAAAUUCAGGUUUGUUUUCUUUGA